AUGGACACAAAGCAGUCAGUCGAGUAUGUUCUGCUGUUGACACAUUCUAUACCUAAUCAGAUUCGCUGUUCGGAGGUCCUGCGAGGGAGCGGAACCGUGGAUGGCAGUGGCCCGGGGGGUGAACACAGAGUCGGCUCCGCACGGAGCACCGGCUCAUCACGUGACACGGACAAAUUCUGGAAGCUCGGAAAUUCUUCCCGCGUCGCACUCGAGAAGGAGCAUCAGAAGGCGCGGCUACCAGACCGCAGACAGGGCCAUCAUAUCGUAAAAAACAGAAAAGAGGUGUUUGCGAAAAUGCAGCCAACAAGAGCCCUCCUGAAGAGAUCCGUGUGGAAGGGACCGCACAUCGUCCCUCUCCCGAUCGUACGGCCCCAGCCCGGACAGAAGGUCGUCCCCAUCCGGACGCAGGCCCGUUCUGCGACGAUUCUGCCCAACUUCGUCGGCCUCAAAUUCCAGGUCUACAACGGCAAAGCAUACAUCGACGUGACGAUUACCGAAGACAUGGUCGGACACAAGCUGGGAGAGUUCUCGCCGACGAGGAAGCCCUUCAUCUGGACCAGAUUGUAA